CAAAUAAUUAGCAUGAGAGCGAACAUAAAUAGCUGAUAAAACAGAGCGAUAAAACAUAAGCACUCUGCCUCCACAAAUACCAUGACAAGACACCGUGACCGAUGUCAUUUUGACAUACUUUUAAGUAUGACCGCAUAGCCAUCAUUUAGCGCUGUCCCCCAUGAUUAAAGGAUGACAAAACAUACUAAGAAGUCGCAGUCGUUCGCGCGGUUAAUGUUUCAUUGGUGAAACGUUUGCCCAUCUCCAUCAAUUAUCUUGGUCAACCGUGUCGUGCAGAUAUGCAAGUGUCAUACCUGUAACCAAGUAGUCGCAGUGCUGUCGUCACGGUAUUAGCUGGUAGGACGAAAACUUAGUCCAUCCACAUUGAACGAAAGGGUCUCUCAACCAGCAGCCUUUAAGUCUAUACACGCGUCAUUCAUUGUAAUUGAAAUACCUGGUGCACAUUGCGAUUCCACAAUGUAGAUUCAGCGGGACGAAUGCGUACUGGCUGGUAUUGAUUUAGCUACAAAGGGACGUGAAUGGCAGGCGGAUAGGAGGUAGGCUUCCCAUUGUUCCUUACAGCACACACUCUUUUGAAGUAUAUAUUUCACGAGGAAGUCUAAGGUGUUGAUUCGACUUUCGUGCGGUAGUGGGACAUACAGCUACAACUUAGACAGUGUUAAGCUGCAGCAACAUUUAGGUCAAAAACAGACCGCGUCAGCAUGCGGUAUUAUUGGAUCGUACUAAAUAAUGUUGCCUAGUAAUAAUAUCGGCAAUCUAACCCUUUGACUUCAGUUCUAGUGGGACUUCUGUUGCAUAUCCAGUUUAAUCAAUCAAACUAGCAGUAGCACGCAGCACGCAGCAAUGUUUAGUCGCGUUUCAAAUAUUCUACCGGACGCACUGAGCCCGACUAGCACAGAUGUGGACUCGGGUCUGGGUUCCCAAAGAACGUCCUCACCGGCCGAUGGUCCCAGUGUACGCUCCCUAGGAAGUAUGGAACCGAAACUGGACAUGUCUGCUUCCAGGGUUAAGAAGCUACCCCCAGAUGACGUUGGAAUGGUGACAGUUUUACAAGUCACCGACAUGCUUGAAAACGAAAGGAUUCUGCACGAAGCAGCAAGAAUCAAUAACGUGGAAAAGGUCAAGGCAUUGCUUCAGGAACAAACCAGCGUAAACGCAAGGAAUAACUUGGACAGGACACCUCUGCACGUGGCAGCGUCAUCUGGUCACCAGGAAGUCGCCGAAGUACUCAUCUGCGCAGGGGCAGACGUAGAGGCAAAGGACAAGUAUGGAAUGCGUGCCAUACUGUGGGCAGCCUGGUUUGGUCACAGCACCGUCAUGCGUUUGCUGGUGAACGCCGGCGCUAACACGCGCUGCGCUAGUAAGCAAGGACUGACCGUACUUCACUGUGCAGCUCAAAACAACAAGGCGGAUAUUGUCAAAUUCAUUGUGGAAUCUUUGGAGAACUUUAACGUGAAUGAAGUAGAAAAAGAUGGACGGACGGCGCUGCAUCUUGCUGCAGAGAAAGGACACCUGACGGUGGUCGACAAACUCAUUGAAUCCAAAGGAGAUGUUCACAUAAAAGACAAGAAUGGUCAGACGGCUCUCCACUUAGCAGCACUGGGCGGUCAUCUGGAAGUGGUGAAGAAGAUAUUACUUGUAGGCGCUAACAUUAACGACAGAGACUAUGACGGACGGGCGGCGCUGCAUCUUGCUGCAGAGAAAGGACACCUGACGGUGGUCGACAAACUCAUUGAAUCCAAAGGAGAUGUUCACAUAAAAGACAAGAAUGGUCAGACGGCUCUCCACUUAGCAGCACUGGGCGGUCAUCUGGAAGUGGUGAAGAAGAUAUUACUUGUAGGCGCUGACAUUAACGACAGAGACUAUGACGGAUUAAUGCCUCUCCAUUGUGCAGCGAGCAAUGGCCACAGCGACGUCGUGGAACAUUUACUCAAAUCGGACGCGCUCGUUAAUGCAGAGACGAACAAACAGAUGACAGCGUUGCACCUGGCCACUGUGGGGGGACAUGAGAAAGCAGUGGCGAUGAUCCUCCAGUCUCACUGCAAUGUGGACACCCAAAACCAGCAAGGUAACACCGCCCUACACCUCGCGUGCUUGGGAAACCACAGUGGAAUAGCCAACUUACUGAUCGACGCUGAGAGUGAGCUCAACCUGCCAAACGCACGUCUUCAGACACCCCUUCACGUGGCCGUAGAGAACGGACUGGCAGACGUAGCAGAGGUGCUACUGGCAGCCGGAGCAGAUUUAAACCCGAAAGAAAAAGUGGGGAAAACGGCUUUAUACUUGGCAGCAGCAGGCAGUUUUGUGACCAUUGUUGAUAUGCUGAUCAAGGCAGAUAGAUACGAUGAGAAGGUUGGGAAAAGAAAGAAAGCUUCCAAGCAUACGACGUUGGUUCCAAACGGAGACGCAACUAAUCAUAAAAAGAACUCGAUUGUAUCCACAGCCACGAAGGACAGCACAGCGUCCACGUUACCCUCAAGGACCAGUCCCUGCACCCCGGCCAAGGACAGCCUGUCUGUUGUGGAUAGUGGGAACGUCAUGGAUGAUAAAACUGUGAGCACGCCUGUGACGUCAAGGAGCAACGUGCCUUCCAUCGCUGACGUCACUCAGAAUAAUAACGAAGAAACGGACUUUUUACUAAAGAAAAAUAAAGAUAUGACCAAAUUGCAGUUCAAAGUGCCUUGUCAUGUACUUGCUGAAAAAAUGAAGCCAAUUUUAUGGAAACUUGCCAGUAAACAGUUGAAACCUGGAGAGUGGAAAAGACUGGCGCUUUACUGGAACUUUUCUGAGAUGCAUAUUAAGUCAAUAGAGCACCAGUACACAGGUCAAUCCAGUUAUAAAACGCACGGUUACCGUAUGUUGUUAAUCUGGUUGCACGGUGUCCCUGCCGGAGAUCACCCCAUAAGGUUAUUGUAUGAAGCCUUGGCUGCCGUAGGGAAGAAGGACUUAGCAGAGACCAUACGCAAAACCAGUUUGCAAGACGACCGCGAAAAAACCUGCAGACAGUGUUCAAUCUCUUGACCUUGACCUUUCCCGUGCGUGACUGGCGUGACUGUGUCAGAAUAUUGGUGCCAUUUGUACAGUUAUUUGAUACACGAUUUAAUUCAUUACUGAGCUUUUGAUACAAAUCCCAAGGUAUCAAACGCCAUUAUUUUCUCAACCUAGUAUCGUGUAUAGUGUCACGUUGAUUUAAGAUCUGCUUUCAAAUUCGCCUCUCUAUUUAACGAUGGCUGUUUUAGCAAAUGUCAAAACAGUAAUCCCUAAUGAAAGUGCAUAAUAUGCCGUUCAUUAACGUUUUUUAUAACUAGCAAAGACGCAGUUCAUGCCAUGGAAAUGAUGACGCAUGAUGUAAUAAUACUCUUUAUUUUAAUAAUAUCAACAACAAUACCACAACCUCUGUGUAAUUGAUUGGGAUGCCUCAAAUGCGCUGUAACACAGAUUUGCUUUAUUAAGACAUCGUGUACACAUUUUAAUGGAACUUUUUGAAAAAGCGGUUUGUUUCCAAAAUAUCUUUUUUUUAAAUUGUUAUUUUUCUAUUGUCUCCUCUUGUAUCAUUUUGUUGGGCGUA